UGUCAGCGGUGCGUUGAGAGACUAGGGAGAGAUUGUCGUCCGCGGGCUCUGCUACAGACUGAGCUUCCCGAGGGCCGGCAGCAGACGGAGGACGCUGGGAAUGAGCCGCCACAGCCUGCGCGAAGCCUCUUCUUCCGACGGCCCAGUGUGACUGACAGCCCGCGCCGAUCGGUGUCUCCGGCGUCGAGCAGUCGAGUCGAACCCUCAGCUGCUGGUGGUUUGCGCUUGGGUCUCCAGCCAAAUCCCAAGCCUGCGCCAUGGAGCUGAGAGUGGGGAAUAAAUACCGGCUGGGCCGAAAAAUUGGGAGCGGCUCUUUCGGGGACAUUUAUUUGGGUGCCAACAUAGCCACCGGUGAGGAGGUGGCCAUCAAGCUGGAAUGUGUGAAGACCAAACACCCACAGCUGCACAUUGAAAGCAAGUUCUAUAAGAUGAUGCAAGGGGGAGUGGGAAUCCCAUCCAUAAAGUGGUGUGGGGCUGAGGGAGACUACAACGUGAUGGUGAUGGAGCUGCUGGGGCCCAGUCUAGAGGACCUCUUCAACUUCUGUUCCCGCAAGUUUAGCCUGAAGACCGUGCUCCUCUUGGCUGACCAGAUGAUCAGUCGCAUUGAGUACAUUCACUCUAAGAACUUCAUCCAUCGCGAUGUCAAGCCCGACAACUUCCUGAUGGGCCUGGGCAAGAAGGGCAACCUGGUUUACAUCAUCGACUUCGGCCUGGCCAAGAAGUACCGUGACGCCCGCACGCACCAGCACAUCCCCUACCGGGAGAACAAGAACCUCACGGGCACCGCCCGCUACGCCUCCAUCAACACCCACCUGGGCAUCGAGCAGUCCCGGCGUGAUGACCUGGAGUCACUGGGGUAUGUGCUGAUGUACUUCAACCUGGGCUCGCUGCCCUGGCAGGGCCUCAAGGCUGCCACUAAAAGGCAGAAGUACGAGCGCAUUAGCGAGAAGAAGAUGUCCACACCCAUCGAGGUGCUCUGCAAAGGCUACCCCUCGGAGUUCUCCACGUACCUUAAUUUCUGCCGCUCUCUACGUUUUGAUGACAAACCCGACUACUCGUACCUGCGCCAGCUCUUCAGGAAUCUUUUCCACAGACAGGGUUUUUCCUAUGACUACGUUUUCGACUGGAACAUGCUGAAAUUUGGUGCCAGCAGGACAGCAGAGGAUGGCGAACGGGAACGGAGAGGUGGGGAGGAGAGGGACGAACGCAUCGUGGGUGUGCCCCGGGGGUCAGCAGCCCGUGCUCUUCCUCCUGGUCCCAACCCCUCGGUCCCAAACCGAGUAAGGAAUGGUCCGGAACCAGUGCUCCCCAUGCCUGCGUCACGUGUACAGCCGUCGGGGAACACGUCGCCACGUGCCAUUUCCCGCGUGGAAAGAGAGAGGAAGGUGAGCAUGCGGCUGCACAGGGGCGCCCCUGCCAAUGUGUCGUCCUCUGACCUCACCGCCCGCCAUGACCAGUCCCGCAUCUCAACAUCGCAGGUCAGCGUGCCGUUCGAGCACUUGGGCAAGUGAGCGCUGUGACCCAUCGCCACUGGGUGCUGACAGAGCUUCAAGACACACCCUUCCCCAGGUUCUUUUUCCUUUUUAUUUGAAAUUUAAAAGAAAAAUUAAAAUAAAAAAAAAAAAACUCCACUGAAACAGCAAAGUGAAAUUAUGGAGAUGAGGGACGAAAUGGGCCACACCACAGCCAAAGGGUAAGCAAAAGACGGCAGGACCAAGCCGCGCUGAUCCGAAAGCUCUUGCCUUCACUUUAUGGUCUGAAAGCCAAGGAUGAAGAGAAGAGGUGGCAAAAAUUUUUGCAGCUGUUUUCGGUGACUGCGAAGGGCGUUCGUGGAGUAUCGCAUGGUGUCACAAAAGGCUAUCAAGGAGGACCAGUCCACAUCCACACAGAAUGUAACCGUUAGUGCAUGCCAGUGCCAUUUUGUACAAUUGUAAGCCUGAUUUGAUUUAUUUAUUUAAAUAAGAAGCAAAUAAAAUCUUAAGUUUUGCCAUUCUGCUUAGCUUGUCCGGUUAUGGAACGUGGUGUCACACACCCUUACUUUGACUUGUGGACUCUGAGAAAAUUUGUUCACUCAUAAACUUACACAUGGAUUUUAAAAUUUUCUUUUCACCUCUUAAUUAUCCAACUAAUGCAAAAAAAGGUUGACUUCAUAGUUCUGCCCUAAGUGUAUAAUCAUUCGAGUAUUGGUUUUACUAAUUGUUAACACUGAUUUUUUUUUUUCCUUCUGCUUCCCCCUCUGAGCUUAAGAACAUGUAAAAACUUAAAUUUCAUUUAAUUUUUUCUAUUUUUUAUUUGAGAAUAAUAAAUGAAUAGAUCAAGGGAAAAUGUACUUAUUGAAGGGGAAGGAAAAAGGUUUGCUGUGUUCUCUAAUAACUGCCAAAACAAGACAAAUGACAUUAAGAGGGAGGGGGGAUGUUGGCCUCCCUGACAUUAUUUUAGCAGUGUUUUUGUGCUCUGGGUAUUAAUUGCCAUGGAUGACAAUGACCACAAAGUGAUGUCAUCGUUAAAACAAGAGAAAGAGAGGGCGAGGACUGUGAAGAAGCAUGGACCUCUUCACCAUACUGUGUGUAAAAUACGGGUUACGUUUGGAAACCUUGGUUUCUGAAUAUACCUGUCCAGAAACUGAGACAUAGCAUUUGGUCCAGGGUUAUAAUUAUGACGAUUCUUCAAACAGUCAGCCUUUUCAUUUAAAUAAUUUUGUGUUUGGUGUUUUUUGUAAGCGUGGGGUGGAGGGGUAAACAAGGAGUGCUUGAAAGAUUGUUUGGGAUAAAUGCAGACCUUGAAUUAUUUCCCUUUUAUUUUCAUGCCUGUAAAUGUGUAUAUAUAUAUAUAUUUUUGGUUUUGUGUAAAGCUGAACUGUAGUUGAUUUUUAAGGUAUAAUGUAGGAGGAAAUCUGUGAAUGGGCUAGGGUGUGCAAUAGGGGGGGAGUUGUACAAUAUUGCAUAAGGAAUUUCAGCUGCUAUUACACUGCCAACUGAGAUGUAGCUCUGCAUUUUUUUAAAUUUUAUUUUAUUUUAUUUUUUUUGGUCCCCACCCCUUCACCUUGCUCUUUCUGCUGUGUGGUAAUGUUUUAAUUUCCAUCCUGGGAAAGAUUUCCUUCAUAGAUCAAUUUUGCCAUUAACUUUUAUUUAUAGAGGUAUUUGUCUGAGCUCAGUUUUCAAUCUGCUGUCAUCACCGAGUGACUUGCUCAACUGUGCACUUUGUGCAGACACUAGCUACUUGAAAUACUUCCACUGUUCUCAAAACUUGUCAGCCUUUCUCAAUUGUUUACCCAGGAACCCAGUCAGCCCCUGUGCUGCCUUCCUUCUGAAAAUGUAGAAUGUUUGAAGAAAAGUUGUCGUCUCAGGAUAUGGUAAUGUCAUUUAUUGAUCCAGGCAAUGCCAUCAAUGAGAGCUGCUGAUGCUGUGAACUGGCUGACGUCAUCGGUGAUCCUGGCAAGCCCACAUUUUAAAAACACCGAGGAACCCUGAUGUGGCCAUACGUUUAAACAGGAGUGGGGGACAUGGAGGGGAUUUCACUUUGUGUAUUGUGUAUUGAUAUCUUGUACAGUUCUUUAACACUAACUUUAUUUACAACAGUAUUUGUGUAUAUUUUAUGAAGUAAUAAAAAAAUACAAAAACAUUA